AUGAAUCAAUCCAAUCUGACAGGCAAAACGAAUCCAACCUCGGACGUUUGGGAUGUAAAUGGUGGUACGCAACAGAACACGCCUGGUCACCUAAACCGAAGUAUGGUCUCCGGGAAUCAAUUUAUNAACGGGAAUCCGACCACUGGUAGUUUUCCAGCAUCACGUGCUUCUUACAUUCUUAACCAGUUCGCUCAGUUUGGGACGAUUGAGAAACAUGUGAUCACUAAUGAUGGAAAUUGGAUGCACAUCAAAUAUCAGAACAAAUUACAGGCUCGUUGCGCACUGAAUCGAAACGGUCGUGUGUUUGGAGACAAUAUCAUGGUUGGCGUGACUCCUUGCUCGGAUGAAAAUAGUCAAUUGUGUGAUCCUAGAAUCACCGGUCUUCAAGUGAGCGAUCCUGCCGGAGAUCGUGAAAACUCCAUGGCCCAUUUUCAGUCCCCCGCUACAGUCAGUCGUCCACGUCCGCUCGGGACUCCACUUCGAGAACUGAGCGAAACCCCUCGAGCUGGAUUGCGCAAUCAAAAGCUGCUCAGUCAAAGCUUUGCUUCCCCACCUGAACGACCGGUUCCAGGAACGUGCGGUGUAUCUCGUCAUAGCUCUAUGCGUUCGCUCACUGGUGAGGGACGCCCACCUUAUUUGUCUCGAACAGCAAGCGUCUUUUGGGCUUACUUUCCUUCUCUGUUGCCAGCCGAUAAUUACGGGAAACAUCUAAAGGCAAACUCGAUGCCCAUCGAUCUAACCUGA